AUGGACUCGAUCAAGGUCCAUAACUCCUUGAAGCCAGGAGGACCGGUUCCCUUCGUUCCAAUCGAGAAGGGGAAAGUUUCUUGGUAUGCUUGUGGUCCAACUGUCUACGACCAGAGUCAUCUGGGCCAUGCUCGCAAUUACGUGUCCACCGACAUCAUACGGCGUAUCCUAUUGCACUACUUCGGCUUCGACGUCAAGUUUGUCAUGAACUUUACAGACGUUGACGACAAGAUCAUAAUAAAAGCCCGAAGACAGCGACUGCUCGACCUCGAAAAGCAAAAGACAUACACCGAUGCCGAACUCUUCGAAUUGGGAAAGGCAGCGUUUCGAGCCUAUGCGGAAAGCAACCUCCCCCAGCUUCUUGAAGGUGAGGGCGAGCUAGAUCUAAACAACUAUAUCCCACGAAGAGAUGCGGCAUAUGGAAAUAUCUUGGCAGGUGGUACUCUGUCAGGAGAAGGCAAGCCGGGCGACGCCGAAGCAAAGCUCAAAAUGCACAUAAGUAAUAUGACAUCUGCCGUCAUUGCCAUUACUGGAAACCAGGUCUUCAAGGGCGCAGACGAAAUUUUACUACCCUACCUAGAUUCCUUGUACAAGGAAUCAAUCGAUACUAGCGACCAAUCAAUAUUCACCGACCUAACUAAAUUUAUGGAGGGGGAAUUUACCGACGACAUGGAUGCUCUGAAUGUGCUCCGACCCGAUGUCGUCACUAGAGUCACCGAAUACGUCCCACAGAUCGCCAAGUUCGUCGAGAGGAUCCUCGAGAAGGGGUUCGCGUACGAAGCUGAGGGGUCCGUCUACUUUGAUAUUGCGGCAUUCGAAAAGGCAGGUAACCCAUACGCGAGACUUCGACCAGAAAACCGCAAUGACAAAGCAUUACAAGAGGAGGGAGAGGGCUCAUUAUCUAAAGGUCUGGGCGGGAAAAGAGGCGCUGGUGACUUUGCUCUAUGGAAAAAGUCGAAACCGGGCGAACCAUACUGGCCAAGUAAAUGGGGCAAUGGACGGCCCGGCUGGCACAUUGAAUGCUCAGUAAUGGCAUCUGAUGUUCUAGGUUCACGUAUGGACAUCCACAGCGGUGGCAUUGAUCUUGCAUUCCCACAUCACGACAACGAACUUGCUCAAAGUGAAGCUUUUUUCUGCCAGCAUGGCCACGAACACACCUGGGUCAACUAUUUUCUGCAUAUGGGCCACCUGUCAAUAUCUGGAUCGAAGAUGUCUAAAUCUCUCAAGAACUUCCAGACGAUCAAGGAUGCGUUAGCAUCUACCUACACAGCCCGCUCGAUGCGCAUAGUAUUUUUGCUCGGUAGGUGGAACGACGGAGUUGAGAUAUCGCCAGAUAUGCGUACGGCAGCCGAUAGUUGGGAAACCGCAGUUAACAAUUUCUUCACAAACACAAAAGCACUGCUAGCUGAAGCAUCCGACACGACAGCGGCUGUGGAUAGCGGCGUAAAGGCCCUGUCGAUUAGCAAUGACAAAUCCCCAGAGGACCUACAGGCCGAUUUGGAGCAAGCUAAGAAGGAGGUCGAAGAGGCGCUCGUGAACUCAUUCGAUACCCCCGCAGUUUUGCGAGCGGUGGCGGAGGUGAUCAGAAAAGCCAACGUCCACGUCGGCAUCCACAAGGACGACAUGGAUCUCAAGACGGUUGAAGCAAUCGCACGAUGGGUCACGAAGAUUGUCGGAAUCCUUGGUCUCGAUGCGAACGCGAAACCUCCUUACGAGGGCAUCGGCUGGGUGUCGGCUGCUGCUGCUGCCAAUUUAGAUCCCUCAACUGCGGUGCAACCAUAUAAGGCAGUACACAAGACCUUCUAUUCCGACGUACAAGCCCUCAAGCUCCCGACCUCUGAGACCGUCACGAACCUCUUAUCUCACUCCCCUGACACGGAGUUUGACUCGUUGGUCAGUGCCGGGGUCAAGGACCCAGAACAACUGGCAUUGCCAUACUUGCGUGGGGUCGCAAAACUCCGUAAUGAGCUCCGACGAUUGGCGCCUUCGACGUCACCGGAAACGAAGCAAUCCAUUCUUUCGUUAAGCGACCGCCUGCGGGAUUUCGACCUCAGCAAUAUCGGGGUCUACCUGGACGAUAGACCAGAUCAGCCAUCAUUAAUCAAGUUCGUUCCUGCAGCGGAACUAAUCGCGGCGAGGGAAGAAAAGGCAGCUAGGGAAGCAGAGAAGGCGCGCGCCAAGGAAGAGGCAAAACGCGCCAAAGAGAAAGCAGAAGAGGAAAAAUGGGAAAAGGCGAAGCUUGCGCCACAGGAAAUGUUCAAGGGCGACGAUCGCUACAGCGAAUGGGAUGCUGAUGGUCUGCCAACGAAGAUGAAGGACGGCAGCGAAGUGCCUAAGAGCCAAUCGAAAAAGCUGAAGAAGGACUGGGAUAGACAGAAGAAGGCGCACGGCGAAUACCAAGCCAAGUUUGGCGGGAGCACAGCGUAG